AUGCGGCGUCUCGGUCUGCAAUACGAUGGCUGGUUGCGUCGGUCGCCCAUGCUAACUAAGAGCGUCACAUCGGCGGUUCUCUUUGGACUGGGGGAUCGAAUUGCACAGAGGGUGGAGAAGUCUCAGAGGGGUGAUGAUUCACGUGUCAAAGAGAUCGAAAACGAUGGAGCGUUCGUUAGCGACAGCACAGCUCGAACCAUGCGAAUGAUGAUCUGGGGAAGUGUUCUCUUCACUCCUAUUGCACACACGUGGGUCAACUUCAGUGAGCGCGUGGUCGGAAGCCAUGGGAAGGUCGUGGUUUUCAAGAAGAUGCUGCUGGACGCGCUUGUUCUCGCUCCAAGUAUCAAUACGAUCUUCUUCACGUCAACGCAAAUGAUGCAGGGAAAAUCUUUCGGCCACGGCGUAGACUUUGCUGUGGACCGGUUGCCGCAGACGCUCAAGGCCAACUACAUGAUUUGGCCGCUUGCGAAUAUCGUCAACUACAGCUACGUACCACUGCAAUAUCGCAUCUUGUUCAUUAACUGUGUCAACCUCGUGUGGACAUCAGUCCUCUCGACCAUUUCAAGCCGACCUGCGUCUGCUACUUUGAAGCAGAAGAGAGAAGCGAAGAUUGUCAUGCCUUCCGAUGAAAAGCUAUAGUGCUGAAGAGGAGGCCAAAACUGCUAUCUCUGAGAGCUGUAUUUCUUGUAAAUAAUAGAUGUAACUCACAA